GUCAUUAUGUCUGGCAAGCUGGUUUUCCUUGCAACCAUCUGUGUGUUGAUGACAUGAUACCAUAGUUACCUCUGUGAUUGCAUAUCAUACAUGGGAUUCGCAUGGAGUUUGUUGAUCGUGGAUGACAUUCUUUCGUGGUUAUUUUGUUUGUUUUCUUUUUCCUAUUCUGCAUCACCAUCCUACCUUUCCAUCGGAUCGUUCACAUUGCUCGGCUGGGUCACAGUCAUAUACGGAUGUAUGGUUUUUAAAUCAGAUCGAUAUGUAUAUUAAUGAUGUUUAGCUGGAAGAUUAUCGAUAUGAGGCCAGCUUCAAUCGGAU